AGCCCUUGACGGAAACUUAUUGUGGUCAAGGGGUGUAUCACAGCUGGUAAGCAGGACUCGUAUGCAUGCCGAACAAGUGCUCAGAUGAGCAGUCCGAGUGCAGCACCAGGAGCAUCAGCACAGAGAGACAGAAGCAGUUCCCUCCACUGCACACGACAGCAGCGGCCGCUCUCCCUCUCGCUCUGCAUGCCUUUUUUUCCCUUAUUUUCUUUCUGGAGUUGAGAUCUUGUUUCUCAGAGCAACGGGACUUAGUGGAUACUGGAGCUCCAAGCUGUUAUCCAAGCAUCCCAAACGCAGACCUGGCUGCCCACAUGCCGAUCGAAUUUGUUUGCAAAAUCAAAUUUGCAGAGGAGGAUGAGAAGCAGAAAGGCAACCAGGAUGGCGACAAGGAGAGCCUGAUCGAAGAGAGCUGCAGCCCCCCAGCCAAGGACCUGGCCGGCUUUGCCAGUGCCUGCUCGCUCCAUGGGAUUAACCACAUCUUUGUGUCGGGCCGGCUGGGCGUCAGACAGACCCUCUGGGCUCUCGCAUUCCUGGUGUCCCUGGCUCUCUUUCUAUACCAGGCGGCAAAGUGUGCCAUCUCCUACCUGGAGCAUCCUCACGUCAUGGCGUUGAACGAGGAGGCCACCCCGGAGAUGGUGUUUCCUGCCGUGACCAUCUGCAACAUCAACCGUUUCCGCUUUUCCGCUCUUACCGAUGCCGACAUCUACCACCUGGCCAACCUGACCGGCUUGCCCCCCAAAAACAAGGACGGCCACAAGCCCAUCGAUUUGGAGUAUCCGGCACCUGACAUGCAGGACAUCUUCAACCGGACGGGUCACCAGCUGGAAGAGAUGCUGAAGAGCUGCAACUUCAGUGGGCAGAACUGUUCGGCCGAAGACUUUACAGUGGUCUACACAAGAUAUGGGAAAUGCUAUACUUUCAACGGGAACAAAACAACCUCCAGGAAGACAAAGCAAGGAGGGAUGGGAAACGGGCUGGAGAUCAUGUUGGAUAUCCAGCAGGAUGAAUAUCUACCUAUCUGGAAAGAGACAAAUGAAACAUCUUUAGAGGCUGGAAUGCGUGUUCAGAUCCACAGUCAGGAUGAGCCGCCCUAUAUCCAUCAGCUGGGCUUUGGAGUCUCUCCGGGAUUUCAGACAUUUGUAUCCUGUCAAGAACAAAGGUUGACCUACCUGCCCCAGCCUUGGGGGAACUGCCGCUCCACCAGUGAGCAGAUGAUCCCGGGUUAUGAUACCUACAGUAUCAGCGCCUGCCGCCUGCGCUGCGAGACUCUUGAGGUUCAGCGUGUGUGCAAAUGCAGGAUGGUGCACAUGCCGGGAGAUGCCGAUAUCUGUACUCCCAGCAAUAUCAAAUGUGUGGACAAAGCACUUGCACUGCUGCAGACAAGUUCAGGUGACACAUGCUCCUGUGAAACUCCCUGUAACCUGACGCGUUAUGGUAAAGAGCUGUCUAUGGUUAAAAUCCCCAGCAAAGGCUCAGCUCGCUACCUAUCUAGAAAAUACGACAAGUCUGAAGACUACAUCAGGGACAACUUCCUUGUGUUGGACAUUUUCUUUGAAGCUCUAAAUUAUGAAACAAUAGAACAGAAAAAAGCAUAUGACGUUGCAGGAUUAUUAGGGGACAUUGGUGGGCAGAUGGGUCUUUUUAUAGGAGCCAGUGUUCUCACCAUCUUGGAGAUUCUGGAUUAUGUAUAUGAGGUGAUCAAACACAGGUUGGAGCGUUUGCUUAGGUCACAAAGAGAUGACAAAAAGCAAACCCAGCGGCAGCAACAGGCCAGCACAGUCGCCACAGUAAAGCUGGAGGAAAUGAAAGCUAAGGAUUCUGGCGAGAUGAGCCGGAGCCACUCGGAGGGAGCCUAUGCUAACACCAUCCUCCCAAAUCACCAUCACCACCACCGUACCCAUCACCGAGUCUUCGAGGACUUUGCCUGCUAGGAAGACCCUUCUGGUGGGUCAAGUGCUGUUGACAUCUACAGAAAGAGUUUUCUCAGUGCUGAAGGUGGGCUCAAUGAAAGACCCUCAAAUCUCAGCGCUAAUCUCUCUCGCUGUCACCAGUUAAAGCUACAGCCAAAGUCGAACUCUAAACCCUUGCUUCUAACCGAACGCAGGCAUGGAUCGGACAUUGCGGUCCAGCAGGAGACUAUCUGAAAUCUUGUCCUCAUCGCCCCCCCAGCCCCCCACAGGAAGUGACAUCAGUGGCAACUCAACGAUUUCUACACUGGAUACCUUGGUACUGGGCCUCCAGUAUAUCAAGGCAUAGACUGCAUGACAUCUAGAGCCACUUUAUACUCCGGGUCCUGUUUGAAGCAUUACAUUCUUUAUAUUUUGUCAGCUGUUAGAGUUUUAUUUGGUGAGUUCUCAUCUUGUGAAAUAUUAUAAUUCAGAUUAACCUACAAAUGUAAAUGAUGUAUUUGAAUCAUGGCUAUCAGCCCUUAGGAUCCAGAGCAUAAGAGAGAUAACUUUGGUUUUACUCUGGUAUACGCUUUCACUGAAAUCAUGGGGAUGGUGUAGAAUAGUUUGUGUUUCAGAAAAGUAAUAUGUAUCCAUCUCUACUGGAUAUGUCUGGUAAAUGUUUCCUUUAUCUCAAAUGGUUUAUGGUUGACUUAACUUAAAGUAUAUUGAAUAAUCCACAAAUUUUGUAAUGUUAUUUAUAGAGCUGUAACAUGUGAGUGGUAAUGGGUGUCAUUAGCAGUAACGCCAUAAUCUUCUUGUGAGGUUACUUCCCAACGGAGAGCCAAAUGAUGUGUACAGUAAAGCUCACCAGCCCACCAGAGCUAGAAGAAGCCAUUGCGGUAGCCAUAUGGAAAAGGUUUGUUUCCUCCAUCCAUCAGCUGAUGGAUCCAGUCUCCCAGACCUCCCAAAAGUGUUUAAUAAAACAGACCUUAUGUUCCUAGUUUCACUUUUGAAUGAGACCGAGUGCAGCGGUCCCACAGAGAAUGAUAAACCGGGUUUGCUCAGCACACUCGCA